GUACUAAGAUCAUUAGGCACAAGAUUUUAAUAAAAGAUGUACAUUUAUAAAGUAUUAUAAAAAUAAUAAAUAUUAUUAUUCGUUCAAAUAUUUUGUAUAUUUUAGUUUAGAGUAAAAUACGUAAGAAAAUUUUCAACAGCAAAAAAUGUCUAUCUUGCUCGAACGGUGCUUAUCAUUUACAUUUAAUAUUCGAUAUAUUCGUAACAUAAAUUAUAGCGCCACAAAUUAUGCUUUACCAACAGAUAGUGUAAUGUAUAUCUUUAAUAGAAAUACAAAAUUGCUGCAGAAAGAACGUGCUGCACAAGCAGCUGAUGUAAAACUAUAUGAUUACAUCAAAGAUGAAGUAGGCUAUAGACUUGCAGAUAGAAUAUUUGAUAUAAAAAGAAACUUUAAAAAAGCACUUGAUUUAGGAUGUGGUCGUGGUUAUGUAUCAAAACAUAUUUUAACAGAAUGUGUGCAAGAAUUAAUUUUAGCUGACAUGUCAACUAGUUUUGUAAAUCAAGCAGAAGCUACUGAAGGAAUUAAAAUAUCACGGAUAGCAAUGGAUGAAGAAAACUUUUCAAUUGAACAAAAUAGUUUAGAUUUAGUAAUAAGUUCAUUAAGUCUACACUGGGUGAAUGAUUUACCAGGAUGUUUUAAAAAUAUUAAUAAAAGUUUAAAAAAUGAUGGAGUUUUCAUAGGAGCUUUGUUUGGAGGAGAAACAUUAUUUGAAUUAAGGAGUUCUUUACAAUUAGCAGAAUUAGAAAGAGAUGGUGGGAUUUCAGCACAUAUCUCUCCAUUUGCAGAUGUUAGAGACAUUGGUAGCUUAUUGACAAGAGCUAAUUUUACUAUGUUAACUAUUGAUGUGGAUGAAAUUGUUAUUGGAUAUCCAAACAUGUUUGAAUUAAUGUGGGAUUUAAAAGGAAUGGCAGAGAAUAAUGCAAUAAGAAACCGAAAAUUACGUUUAAAUAAAGAUACUGUUCUUGCUGCAGCAGCAAUAUACAAAGAAUUAUAUGGAAAAAUGAAAGAAGAUGGUACUCCAUAUGUACCUGCUACAUUUCAAAUAAUUUAUCUAUUAGGUUGGAAGCCAGAUCCGUCACAACCCAAACCUUUAGAAAGAGGUAGUGGAAAGGUGUCACUCAAAAAUUUAUAUAAAUUAGACGAAAUUAUACAAGAAACAAAAAAUGUUAAAAUAGAUGAAGACAAAUAAUAUGAAAAAUAUUUGUAUU